CAAACGGAUCAUAUUAGUAAAUUUCAUGUAUUUCUGUGCAGUAGUGGCUAGCAAAGCACUACCGUGUUUACUACUUGGCUUACUAUCAGUAGCUUCACACAAGGCUUGUGGCAUACCAAGUGGAAUAUUUAAUGAAUCAAUUUAGACUUUAAUUUCAGAGAGUCUGCGCAUAAUAUUUUAUUAGAUUUUUUAAGGUGGUCAGAGUUCCCGCUAGAUGGAGCCCACGUACCACCGUUUUUUCUGUUCUUCAAUAAUUAGGGGAAAACAUUACAGUAACUUAUAAUGGCAAAUUAGGGCUUUUUAAAAAAGGUGCAUUUUCACAAUCGAUGCUAUCAAAGAUAUUUUAUUUGUAUAUACUGUUUGUAUAUUAAAAAAAUAUUUAUGUAUAAAUCACAGCUAUCAGCACAGAGCAAUUUUUAUGUUGCUUUAACACUUUUAAAUCCACUUAUAAAAAAAAACCAAUUAUAUCUUUACUUUUGAAGUUGUUUUCCAUGAGUUAUAAGACCUUUUAAUAUAUAAAAUAUUUAAUGUUUAUGUGUAGUAAAUUGCUUUUAUAUUUAGUGCAUCCAUUAUACUAGAAUAAAUUAGGUUACAGCUGACUGUGGCGGUGCGUCUUGUUUGGUAGUAGCAUUGUGUCUCUGGAGCCACCCGUGUGGGCGGUGCAGCACUCAGACCACUCCCGCCUUUCUCAGACAACCAGGCGCUUCAAACAAGCAAGCCUCCACAGACAGACCCCCACCACACACUGCCGCGUGUCCUGUAUGCCUUCACCUGCUCCAGGGUAGACCUCCGCGUCUCUGUCGGUCCGCGCCUGGAAGAAGGUGGAGGUGAAGAUGUUGGAAAACGGGAGGAAGGUGUUGAAGGAAGGCGUGCUGGAGAAGAGAAGCGACGGCCUGCUGCAGCUGUGGAAGAAGAAGCUGUGCGUCCUGACAGAGGACGGCGUGCUGCUCCUGCCGCCCAAGCAGCACGAUCACCCGCAGCAGCAGCAGCACCACCACGGCGGCGGCGGGGACACGGGGAAAGUCAAGGAGCUACACUUCGCCAACAUGAAGACUGUGGACUGCGUUGAGCGGAAGGGGAAGUACAUGUACUUCACCGUGGUCAUGUCUGAAGGGAAGGAGAUCGACUUCAGGUGUCCGCAGGACGAGGGCUGGAACGCGGAGAUCACCCUGCAGAUGGUCCAGUACAAGAACCGCCAGGCAAUUCUGGCUGUCAAGUCCACCCGGCAGAAGCAGCAGCUGCUCGUCGUCCACAUGCCCGGUCAGAGCCACAAGACCCUCCGGAGCUCGCCGAAUGUGGCGUGACCUGCGAGCGAACCCAGCCGACAUUCGUGCGCCAUUUGCGGUUAUUUGGACACUGGAGGACGAAUAUGGACCCCCACCCCACAUUUUGCCGCAUCAGCACCAACCAGUUCUCCGGGACAAGCCCCCUUUUUCCACGUCGUGCUCUCUCCAAGCUCCCCUCUUUUCAAUACACGGACUUACUUCACUAAAGACUGACGGACUAAAAGCACGUGAAAGUGUAUUGUCACGUGUGAUUAUUUAUUAGAUGUGUAUAUAUUUUUUCUAUAAAAGUGUAGUUGAUGAAUGUGGUUGUUAGAUGAGCGCAGGAAGGAAGUACAUGUUUUUAUUUGUCUCAUUAGGGUGGUCGUCAUUCUGAAAUUGUGGUACAGGCUGCGUCCAGUACUUUUUUUUUUUUAAAUAAAAAUAAAAUAGAGAUGUCUAUGUAUGAAAGUCCCGGUAUCCACCGUUAGCAGCAAACAAGGUAAGUUGAAUGACGGCAGCACCUACUAAAUGCUUAAAGGUUGCCAUUGAAGAUGGUUAUUGCCGACGUGUAUUGAUCAUAUCCGGCCUGUACAGGGUUAAAGGCCGACUUGGCCGAGCUCCGUUGCUAACAGCUGCGUGUCCAAAACAGAAGCUGUUAGUUUGUUAGCUAUGUAUCACCCUCCCCGACAAACACCCCCUUUAUGAGAGUUUCAAGUGCUCCGCUGUUCCAUAUGUUAACCAUUUUUAUGUUAAUUGUCUCCUUUUAAGUUGGCCAUAAUAGGCUUUUUAGUGUUAGCCUGGAGGUGGCUAGCGUCCUUCUCAGCUUCAUGCUAACAUGGUUGCUCAAACAUUAUCCUCUUGGGGGGGAAAAAAAACAGCUAAUGUUGUGAGAUAAAUGUUGCUUUUUGUUUAUUCAUCAACCUUUUUGAUCCUGGCCAUCAAUAAAUGAUCCCUAACUUGUUUAUAAAUAGCUUAUGAUAAUGAUAUGAUGGAGUUCUAAACAGGUACGACAAUAUGUGUCAUUUUUUAUUUUAUACUGUAUUUGACCUUUUCAGCGUUAGCCUGGCGCUAACAUGUUCUUGUGGUCUGUUGUUAGCAUUAUGCUAACUUAUUUACCCAAACAUGUAUUUUGAUGCAUUUGCUGUCUUAUCCUUAAAGUUUUUUUUUGUUUUUGUUUAGCUGGAUAGUUCACUGUUAGCUUGAAUUAUUUAAUUGUAAGGGUGUUACAGUAUUUGGCAACCAUUUGACUAUUGUCCUGAUAAAGGGUUAUAAAUAGCGUAAUAAUGACCGUAUCAAGAAGGUUUAAACAGUUAACAGAUAUAAAAAAGGGUUUGUUUUGGAAAAAAAAGUGUUUUGAGCCAGUUGUUUGAUAUGUUAGCUAUUUUUGCUCUUUUUUUCAUUUUAAAGGCGUAGCGUUAGCCUGGCGCUAACCUGUUCCCACCGUCGCCCAUUGUUUGCUUUAUGCUAGCAAUGUUAUUUGGCAACCAUUGUACAAUUGUCCUGAAAAAGGGUUUAUACAUUGUUUAUAAAUAGCGUAACAAUGACCUCAUCAGCUAGUUAUUCAUUAACAUUUGUUUUAAAAAAAUGUUCACACUGGAUGGCACAUUUGGGCUUCAUUUGCUGUAUUUUGGCCAGAAUUAACCAAUGAAGUAAAGUUUUUUGCGCACGAAAAGAUUUGAACAUUGGCAGCAACAAGUAUCGGUGAGUCUCUAAUCCUGUUUUUACCAUUUUUCCAAGUUUUAAUGACGUCAUAAUGUCAUUCAUGCCCAGUGAGGAUACACUGUGGUCGUCGAUGGCUGUACAUUUCUAUUUAAAACAGGGGGGUCCGUACUUUGUCCACCGAGGCCCGCAUACUGAAAAAUGAAAGUAUGCAAGGGCCGCUUUGAUAUUUUGUAAAGAUAUGCUGCAAAGUUACAUACAUUUAAGAAAAAAAGACUACAUUCCAGCUUUGUGAAAGCGUAUUAUAAGUAUGGAAUGUGGUCUUUGCUAUUUUAUCCCCAUUUUUGCUGUUGUUUUUUCAAUUUUCCAAAUUUUUCAACUUUAUUCUUACGUAAUCUUCGUGAAUUAUAAACACUACGACUUUAUUUCCAUAACGUUUUAGCUUUUUCCCAUAAUAUUAGAACAUUUUCCCCAACGUAAUUUUCCAUGUAUUUUGUUUUCUCGUAAUAUUAGAUUUUUUUCUUUAAUAUUUCAACUUUAUGCUAAUAAUAUUACCAGUUUAUUCUUAAAAUUGUGACUUUUUUUUCGCUAGAAUCUGACUUUUUUUCCUCAAUAUUUUGACUUCAUUCUCAUAAAAUUACAGCUAUUUUUUUCAUUUCUGCUGUUUUUUUCUUUACUAUUUCCCACCACUUUCUCAUUAUGACCUUAUUCCCAUAAUAUUUUAACUUUAUUCUCGUGACAUAACUUUUUCCGCAACCUAAUUUUCCCCAAAAUACAACUUAUUAUUGUUUUGUUUGUUUUUCAUAAUAUGACUUUUUUUUAAAAAAAAGCAUCUUUUUUCAAUAUAUUAUUUCAAAUUUCAGUAUUCAGUAGCAUAUUUCAAUUUUAUGCUCCUAAAAUGGCGCUAUUUGUCCUCAUAGUAUUACGAUGUUAUACUCGUAAAAUUACGACUUUUUCUUCUUAGAUUACAGCUUUUUUCCCUCUUAAUAUUCUGACUUUAUUCUUGUAAAAUUGCUGCUGAUUUUUUUAUUAAAAAAAAAAAAAUUCUUUACAAGCCAAUAAAAAACUGUUGCGGGUGACAAAUGGCCCCCGGGACGCAUUUUGGACACCCCCCAUUUAACCGCUAACAUGUAGCAGCAUAAGCAAUGUAUAAACCUUUCCAUGUGUCGUCAACCCUCAUAAUAAUGAUGAUGUUGAUGCGGGCCACAAAUGGCCCCCGGGACGCAUUUUGGACACCCCCCAUUUAACCGCUAACAUGUAGCAGCAUAAGCAAUGUAUAAACCUUGCAAUGUGUCGUCAACCCUCAUAAUAAUGAUGAUCUUGAUGCGGGCCACAAAUGGCCCCCGGGACGCAUUUUGGACACACCCGAUUUAACUGCUAACAUGUAGCAGCAUAAGCAAUGUAUAAACCUUGCAAUGUGUCGUCAACCCUCAUAAUAAUGAUGAUGCUGAUUCUAAAAUGGCCUUACUUGACAAGGCAGACUUGCGUGUAUUAUUUAUUUGUGUAAGUGCGUCCCUUUUAGAGCGUGUGUGUUGAUGUCAUCUCCAACACAGGCCUUUUACCUCCUCGCUCUCACAUGCGCCUCUGCUCCCGUCAUUGCCGUCCUUGAGAUCUAUUUUCAUACCUCCGAAUGAUA